AAUCAACAGCUUGUGAGCUCUUAGCCCUCGUGCGUUUUCCAGAAGCGGCUUCUUUAACAUGCGCAUCAGCCACAGUAGCCUGUGGCUCAGUUGAACCGCCCGUCCCGCCAAAAAUUAUCGAGCGCAAGUCCGACGACUGUUUAUCGUUUCUUCCCGCUUCCAUUUUGCACCGAUUGCCGGGUUUUAUCGCUCUUCUCAUCACUGCGUCCAUUUUGAACGAGUACAAUAGUGUUUGACCAAUAUGGUUCUUCAGAUAUUUGAAUGGAAACAAGGCGGUGAAAAGGUCAUUCUCACUGGCGAUUUUGAUGACUGGAAACAAGAGAAUGUAGCGGUGAAGGGUGAAGACGGCAUCCAUCGCGCGAAGCUCGACCUGCCCGCAAACACCAAGAUUGCAUUCAAGUUCGUUGUCGAUGACGAUUGGAAGAAUGCUGACAACUAUGAAAUUGAAACCGAUGAAAGUGGCAAUCAGAACAACGUUUUCACAUUUCCUGAGGAAUCUGCCGAGCCGGCCUCGGGUCCCGCUCCGCAAUCCACUACGGUGCCCGCUCCUGUUGAAAAGGCUGAAGAGGUGACUGCCAAAGAACCCCAAGUUCUCGCAGAGUCUGCUCCUGUUGAGGUUCCCGCUGAAGUACCUGCAGCGAGCGAAGCCACUCCAGUACAUGCUGAAGAUACUGUAGAAGUAGAGACACAACCUGCUACGGGUGGAGCGCCUGUGGAGGAAGCCAAAGAGGAAACACCCGCAGAGGUUGUCGUCCCCGAACCUCUUGAAGCUGCCGAAGAGACACAGGCUGAGGUUGCGCCGGUCGCAGCCAUUAGCGUGCAAGAGCCCAAGGUGGAGGAUACACCGUCUGAAGUUUUGGCAGCUCCUGUUCCGGAAGUUAGUGCUGCACCUGUCGAAACCCAAGUCGUUGAGCCCAAGGUGGAGGACAAGGUUGACACACCUUCCGCUGAGGAGGUCGUCGAAGUUGAAGCUGCGCCAGCCUCUGUCGAAGUGCCCGGGCCCACCGAGAUUACUGUACCGGAGAUCAAAGACAUUGUCGAACCGGCCGAAUCGGUUAAAGUGGAAGCGACCCCUGCACCCAUUACCGAAGCCACCACCCCUGUCGUGGAGGAACUGGGGGCUGUGGAGGAACCUAUCGUGGAGAAAUCUGCCGCAGCGGAAAUUGCUCCUGUGUCCGCUGCAGCUGUUGCCAUUACGUCUGAAGCACCUUUGGCGUUGGAAGCGAUUCCCAUCGCAACACCUCCGCUGGAAGGUACCGCCGUCGCGAAAGAAGAGAGCCCCGCAAAAUCGGAUAAUGUUACAGAGGCUGCUUUGAACAGCCUCAGAGCGAGUGCUGCAUCAGCAAGCAAUGAAGCCGAAGAACCCAAAACGACGGAGUCGGCUGCGCCCGCUCCUACCAGUGUGCCGGAGACCGCGGCUGUUCCCCCGCCCUCGGAGAGUAUUGUGCCAACAGAACCACCUACACCCGCUGUCCCCGUCAAGGAAACCCCUGCCACCACCAAGGAAGCUGCUAAGGAAACGGCGACUCCUACUGAGACUCCGGCAGAGAAGCCCGAGGCGAAACCCACUACCGCUACAUCUGGAUCGGUCGGCAAGAAGAAAGGUGGCUUCCUGAAAAAGCUCAAAAACUUGUUUAAAUAAUACCUCGUCCAUCAGAUAUCCAUACCUCAACUAAUCAAGAAAAGGAAGAAAUUGCAGCCAAAAAUGCACAUUAACGAUAUCCAUAAUAUAAUUAGCGACAUUAUUUGAGCACGUGCUGGGACACCUGUUUUCUGCGCAUCCUACUUCUUUUUAAGGGAGAAAGCUGCGUGGAAGGUGUGUUUUGUACAAUUUUUGGAAUUAAUAAAAAUAGCCACGAUCUGUAUCAGUGAA